AUGGAUGAUUGUACUGCAGCAAUAUUUCAUGAUUUAUUCCGGGAAUUACAUAUUGUAUGUACAUUUCGACAUCAAAUUAGACCUAAAACAGCAAUAAGCAUUGAAGCACAUAUGGUUUUUGGCCGACCCUAUUAUAUUGUUUAUGGAUUAUGCGAAAAAGGCUCAUUAGUGCAAUAUCUUGAAAUGAAUACCAUCGAUCUGAAUAAUGGAAUAAAACAAUUUAGAACAAAAGAAGUAGAUCCAAAUAAAUUACCAAAUAAACGUUGGCUUGCACCAGAAGUUUUGACAACAAAAUUAUUAACGCUGAAAUCAAAUGUAUUUGCAUUUGCAUUUUUAAUGUAUGAAUUUUCAAUGAUGAAAAUAUCACAUGAAGCAAUUGAAGAUAAAAAUAUUCUUGAAUAUAUUGAUAAAAAUCCAUUGUUCGACCAAUAUAACAUCAACAGUUCCACAUUGUUGAGAAAAUUGGUAAAUGGAUGUUGGACAACAAAUCCAGAAAAAAGAUCUAAGACAUCUUUGCUACUAUCAAAACAAAAAAAUAAUCAUUAA